UGUGUUUACUAUUUAUUGUCAAACCUGUCUCUUUUUUAAUCCCAGCUGUGUUUUCUUCAAGCGCGGAAACAUGGUUUUCUACUUCACCAGCGCCGUUGUCACACCACCCUAUACCAUCUACAUGGGGAAAGACAAAUAUGAAAAUGAGGAUCUUAUAAAAUACGGGUGGCCUGAGGACAUUUGGUUUCACGUGGAUAAACUCUCCUCUGCACACGUAUACCUGAGAUUGCCCAAGGGCAAAACGAUAGAUGACAUACCCAAAGAAGUCCUGAUCGACUGUGCACAACUCGUAAAGAACAACAGCAUUCAAGGCUGCAAAAUGAACAACAUCAACGUGGUUUACACACCAUGGGGCAACCUGAAGAAAACUGGAGACAUGGACGUGGGUCAGAUCGGCUUUCAUCGCCAGAAAGAGGUGAGAACUGUGGCGGUAGAAAAGAAAAUAAACGAAAUCAUCAAUCGGUUGGAGAAGACGAAGGAGGAGAAGUACCCCGAUCUCGCAGCAGAGAAAGAGUCCCGAGACAGAGAGGACCGGAAUGAGAAAAAAGCACAGAUACAAGAGAUGAAGAGAAAGGAAAAAGAAGAAACGAAGAGGAAAAAAGAGCAGGAGGAGUUGAGGAAUUAUUCAUCACUUAUGAGGAGUGAAAACAUGACCACAAACGAGGAUGGUAAUGAUUCUGAUGAUUUUAUGUAACUGGAAAAAAAAAAAAACAUUUGCAAAGCAGACCUGACAUCUUAAAUCAUGCGCAUGCUCAGAGGAAUGCCACAGGGUGCACCGUAAUGGUGGAACUUGCUUGCUGUGCAUCUUAAACACUACCUGUGCCAAUAAAACAUUUCGCCCGGAUCAUCUUGGAGCAAAUUUACCAACGGCUUCUUAAAAACACUGAACAAGAAAAAGCGACAUCUGGUGUUGCAGGGCUGUUCAUGAAUCAAGGAACUUAUUUUUUUCUGAGUAUCUUUGUUGAUUUUUCUACAGUGCAAAUUGUCAUUUUCAUUUUGUGCUUUAAAGGGAUGGAAUUGCAUGGUUUUAUUAUACCUUAACCGAUCCUGCAGCCAUGGUAAAGUUCUUUUCAGAUUUUUCUAUAUCAGGGCUUGGAUGUUGGUCUGCCAUGGAUUGUAUAGUUUUAUGUGCUUUAAAUUUUGACUCAAUACUUUUCUUGAGGCGUGAUCAGUGCCAGAUGCUAAUUGAAGCCCACUGACUGUGAUGUAUAAAUAUUCCAGCCCUGAAUCAUUUCCUGUUUGUUUUUUUGAUUGCAAUAAAUC